AUGGCUUGGGAUGGUAACCCACUCACUUCCUGUCUAUGUACAGGAACCAAAUGGUGUGGGGCUGGAGAUCUAGCCGACAACUACUUCGACCUGGGAGUGGAAGCCAUGCUAGACAAGUGCUGUAGGACCCAUGAUCUCUGUCCUGUAAAGGUGCGGGCCUACACAUCACGGUACAAUCUCACAAACAACUCGUUGUAUACCAAGUCCCACUGCACUUGCGAUGCCAUUCUCCUGCAGUGUCUCAAGGACGCUCAACACUCUACAGCGGACAUCAUGGGGAACAUCUACUUCAACCUGCUCAAGGUGCCUUGUGUACGACAGGGCAAGGACAGGACUACCUUCCAGCCAGCAGAGCGUUACGACAACCCCAUCAUCCGGGGGUAGAAAACAGGGACCAGUGUUGUGCUAAGGGCUGUGACUUUUGGAAACCGAACUUAUAGAAUUUCUCGUCGUUUUUAAAUUUCGUAUAGCGUGAACACUGAAAGUUAAAACAUUUCGGUUCAGUAAAGACAUCAUUUCGUAAAUAGAUCAUAGAACUUCAGCAGCUUCAUUAGGUGCUAUAGAUUAGUUUUAAAAUCGUUGACUGCAGGAAGGUUUUAUGUUUUAUAUCUUAGGGUCCACAGACCAGAUUGAAAAACAAACCGUACAUAAUGAAUUACGAUGUUCAUAAUCAAUAAGUCUUGAUGAUAAAAAUGUUCGGUAGUCAUGAAUUUUCAGUUUGUUUUUUUUAUUAAGCAUAAACUUUCUGCAUGAAUUUGGAAACCAAUUUUUCCUGAAUUGACAACAUAAAACUAGUCUAAAAUAUCUUUUUUUAUAAACUUGAUUAUUUUAAUUACUUAUAUACAAUUCAUUAAUUUAUAGCUAAUUUUUAUACUAACUAUUAGAUGAUUUUGGGAUCCUCGACUUAAUAAUAGCACACGACGAAGAGUUAAAUAAUUUAAACAUAAGUCAAACUCC